AAUAGCCUUAGAAAUUUGUCAUCCACAGAAAAUUCUCAAAAUCUAAUCCAAACUUUAAAAAACGUUCAACGGGAAGUAUAAGGAAAGUAGGGUUUUAAGCAUCUUUUCUUCUGUAUCUCUAUAAGUAGCGAAGUCUUAACACACCUCAUCUCUUAUCCUUCGAUAGAGAUGGUAAACGGCACGAACACCGAGCUAUUCCUCUCUGGAGAAGCAUCGAGCAGCCGCCCAAAGAGGCAAAGAGUUCUCUCCAUGGAGAAUGAUGGAGGAACGGCGAGUGGAAAUGAAGUGGCACGAUCAGUGACACUGUUCGAGCUUGAUCUUUUGGACUGUCCCAUUUGCUGCAACAAACUUACGACUCCUAUCUAUCAGUGUGACAAUGGACAUAUAGCAUGUUCUUCUUGCUGUAUUAAAGUGAAGCACAAAUGCCCUUACUGCAGUUUGAGCAUUGGUAUCUAUCGAUCUAGAAUAUUGGAAAAAAUUUUAGAAGCAGCCUUUAUCCAAUGCCCAAACGCCAAACAUGGCUGCACCGAGAAGAUCCCAUAUGAGAAAGAAUCAAAUUCAGCCCAUGAGAGGGAAUGCAGCUUCACUCUUUGCUACUGCCCUGAAACAAACUGCAACUACACCGGGGUGUAUAAGGAUCUCUACGGUCAUUACCAUGCUAACCACAAGACUGAUUACUCAUUGUUCAAGUGUGGUCAGUACAAUGACGCAUGGGUACGCAUCCGUACAAUGAACAUUUUUGACUUUGUAGUCCUUCAAGAAUCUGAAGAUGGUCCAUUGGUUGUUAUUCAAUGUUUCAAGGAGUCACAUGGAGUGUGUGUGACUGUGAACUGUAUAGCACCUUCUACUCCAGGAGUUGGGGAAUUCUCCUAUCAUCUCACCUACCGGAAGGGAUGUGACAUUGUUUCGUUUGAAUCCGAGGAGAUGAAUAAGAUUCAAGAAGUGAGCUCCUACACUCCGUGGGAUAAAUACAUGUUGAUUCCUUUCUGUUUACUAGACGAAGGCCCUAUGUUGAAGAUGAAAAUUUGCAUUUGCUGAUUAGGAGAUCAAGUAUAAGAAGAUGAUGUUGAUGAUGAUGAUGAUGUGAUGAAGAAGAGGAGUAAUUAUCAUAUCAUCAUAUCUCGUGUAGUAGGUUAUUAGGUUCAUAUAUCUGUGGCCUAGUAAUGUAUUUAUGAUGUUUUUUUUUUUGUUGUUGUGGUUGUUGUUGUAGCUUCUUUCAUCUAUGAAAGCUAAACUUUCUCCUUUAAAAAAAAAAAUAAGAAUGU